GCCCCGGAAGUGGGGUGCGGAAUCGCCGCGCGCGCUGUCAGUCUGUGUAGCUCGGAGCCGGCGCAGUUGCGGACUCAUCCAAGAAGCGUGGUCGGCUCCCGGCCCCUAGGGCUCCGCUCUCCGCAGGGGACCAUGGACGACAAGGAGUUAAUUGAAUACUUUAAGUCUCAGAUGAAAGAAGAUCCUGACACGGCCUCAGCAGUAGCUGCCAUCUGGACUUUGCUGGAGUUCUUGAAGAGAGAUAAAGGGGAGACAAUCCAGGGCCUGAGAGCGAAUCUUACCAGUGCCAUAGAAACCCUGUGUGGCGUGGACUCCUCUGUGGCCGUGUCCUCGGGCGGGGAGCUCUUCCUGCGCUUCAUCAGCCUUACCUCCCUGGAAUACUCUGAUUACUCGAAAUGUAAAAAGAUCAUGAUUGAGCGGGGUGAACUUUUUCUCAGGAGAAUAUCACUAUCAAGAAAUAAAAUUGCAGAUUUAUGCCAUACUUUCAUCAAAGAUGGGGCGAGAAUAUUAACUCACGCCUACUCCAGAGUGGUCCUGAGGGUGUUGGAAGCAGCCGUGGCGGCCAAGAAGCGUUUUAGUGUGUACAUUACAGAGUCACAGCCAGAUUUAUCAGGUAAGAAAAUGGCCAAAGCUCUCUGCCACCUCAACGUCCCCGUCACCGUGGUUUUGGAUGCUGCUGUUGGCUAUAUCAUGGAGAAAGUGGAUCUUGUCAUAGUUGGUGCUGAAGGAGUUGUAGAAAACGGAGGAAUUAUUAACAAGAUAGGAACCAACCAGAUGGCUGUGUGUGCCAAAGCACAGAACAAGCCUUUUUAUGUAGUUGCAGAAAGUUUCAAGUUUGUACGGCUCUUUCCACUAAACCAGCAAGAUGUCCCAGAUAAGUUUAAGUAUAAGGCAGACACUCUGAAGUCUGCACGGAUGGGACAAGACCUCAAGGAGGAGCACCCGUGGGUCGACUACACCUCUCCUUCCUUAAUAACUCUGCUGUUUACAGACCUGGGUGUGUUGACGCCCUCAGCAGUCAGCGACGAGCUCAUCAAGCUGUAUCUGUAACCACUGGGUCCUUUCCUGUGGGUAUACAGCUGAUGUAGGUGGCACAGGGUGAGUAGGUUCUUGACUCCCUCAGUGAGCCAGGCCAAACCUGAAUUGUUUUUUUAUGAAGAUUUAUGGACAAAGGACUUCAAAUUACAAGUCUUGGGAGAAUUUUUUAUUCAUUUCAGUCCCAUCUAAAAUAUGUUCAUGUUUCCCUAAACCUGACCUAAAUUGUGCUUAUGGUUUCCAGAUUCUUUCAUUCAUUUCCAGUUUCCAGAAAUACAGGUUAGAUUAUUGGCUACUUGACUGAUGAAAGACGGGUGCAAGUUCACCUCCCUGUUCCCCUGCUCUCCAGACUUAUCUGCCAAAAGCGUCAAGUACAGAGAUGCCAGCCUGAAUAAACAGAUGUUCCUGACUGCAGCCAGGCACCCCUUCAAUAACUAACAGUCCAGGACACAUGUUUCAUAUGGUGCCUUAUAAGAAAGGCAGGAAAUGCUAGCUGAGUUCACAGCCAACUUCCAAUGAUGAACAUGAGCCAGGGGUUGUCAUCUCUUUGACAGGAUCAAGCCAAGUGGAGUGGAAUCUACCAAGAGAACCCAAGGAAGAAAGAAACAGCAUUUAGCAGGAGUAUGCUCCAUGGCUCACCACUUACAAAGAUGCCUUCCAGAACAUUUGUAAACUUAAAACUGUAUUCAUGAAAGAUGUGAAUUUCCUUUAAACACGUUUAGUCCUCAACAGCUUUUUAAAUUGUACUUGGGAGCAAUUCAGCAUCUUUUCAAAUAAAUUAUGUGAAAGAUUUUAA